GAGCUGCGCUCACCUGUCCUGGCGUUCAAUAGUGUGAUGACAAUACACCAUGUGCAGCAUGCGUUGCGAAGCGCACAGAAUGCAUCCGCGAAGUAGCUGAAGAUGGUCGACGGAGGAUGGCAUGGAAGAGGAAGGUCGAAGAGCUCGAGUCAGACCAGAGACUACUGCCUGAGUUGAUCGAAGCAAUCCGCACUGGCGACAACAACCAGGUGGAAAGCCUCAUAAACCUCAUCCGAAGUAGCACAUCCCACGAGGAACUGGUCGGCCACCUUGCCGCCAAUUUUUCCGGGACCGUCACCAGCGCUGAGGAGGACGAGGCUCGUAGCAAGGCUUCCACCCGUCAGCAAUCGCCCUCAUCGCAGCCGAGUCGUUCUUCGAGAGUCUUCCAGGCAUCGAGCGUCCCAAUAUACUCGGUGCCGGCAAAACCGUGGACGACGAUAACCGAUGAUGAUGUGCUAGUCUCGCAUUUGCUCUCACUAUGGUUCACAUGGCGCCAUUGGUGGUACCCCUUUGUCGACCGCGACGCCUUGAUCUCAGCCAUGCAAGAUGGGAAAGAAGAUGAUGAUAUGUGCACACCAGCAUUGGUCAACAUGAUCCUGGCAGAUGCAUGCUUUGAUUUUGAUAAUCUGGAUGAGGACAACAUCAACCCAUCAAUGGAAAAAUCCCUGCAAGACCUGUUCUAUGAGGAAGCAAAACGCCAUGCAGAAUCUACAAGAACAAAGGUCUCACUGCCGUGGAUACAGUUCCUGGCGAUUCAGUGGCAGUACUUGCAAAACCGCGGCAUCGAGAGGCUGGCAACCUCAAUCAUGCAAGAAAUGCUUUAUGUUCUCAGACAGUAUGACAAACCUAGCCGAUCGCAGAAGCCGAAGACGAGACGCGGGAAAGAACGAGUCUCGGGUGCGCAACGGAUCUUGGGAUAUACUAGCUGGGCCGCCUUUGUGUCAACAACAGCAGCCACAUUCGCCAUGCGUAAUCAUCCACUGAUGGAACCUCCUGUGAAAGACAAGCCUGUUGUAUGUAAGGGCGAUUUUGGUGAAGCAUGGUUGCCUUAUCCCCGCGAACAUCCACCAGUCUCAGCGCAUUCCGACUGUCAUCUUCACUAUUUGAGCACUUUGUUCGAGAUAUGUUACAAUAUCAGUCAAUGUCUUUUUGUCGAAGACGGGCCUAGGAUAAGUCCGACCACGCGGGACGCACUAGAAGAGCUUCAUCGUGACCUGACAACAUGGUACGGCGAACUGCCCGGUUGUCUCGAAGUUGCAGGAGUCAAAGCACCCCAUACUCUGAGUGUCCAUGCGCAAUACCACUGGGCUGUUUUGGUGUUGUCCGAGUUGAAUUUCACAUUGCAAACCGAUGACGAAGAUGAUGCCACCGUCGAACUCCUGGUUCCUGUCGUUCGGGCGCAACACAUGACCUCAGCCCUUGCUAUUGCGGAUCUCGUACAUCUGCAGUCCGUAUAUUGGGGCGUCGACCACAUCCCGAUCAGUUUUCUCGAACCCAUCAACGCAGCUUUGGCAGUCAUUAUAGGUGAUAUGGAGGCUCCCGAACGCAAAUCCCCUUUUGUCAAGCUAGCAGUCGCUCUUCAUGGUCUAUCUCGUCGCUCCGUCGCCGCCGAAAGUAUGCUUCGCAUGUUACGGUUGACACUACGACAACGUCGACUCAUGUCCGCCAAGGACGUCGACAACUUGUUCAAGGAUGCAAGCGAUCACUGGGAAGCUAGUGUGCUGUCUCCUCAUGUGGGUGUCGCAACAGCCAGUGACGCAACGCAGUUCGGUGAAGCCGGGAUCGCCGAAGAAACUUACGACAUGUUGGUCGAGAAGUGGGAUCAAUUCAGCUUGGGUGCGCCUUCGUCGUCGAGCUCUUCGUCAAGCUAAGUAAGUAUUGACACAAGCCCUCGGAGAGAGAAGGCGAAUACAGCAUAUCUCCUUGGCAAGGACAACACCCAUACAUGCCAUGCCCAUGAUUGAAUUCCGAAUUGGACCGGUAUCCUGUCUACAAGAACGUUUU